AUGGGUGGAAAACACUAUCUUAAACAUGUUGUCAUUGCAACUCAUUUUAUACUGGAUCCUAACAAUUUACCUUUUGUAGACCAUAUAAACCAUAUAAGAAACGACAAUAGACUUGAAAACUUACGUUGGGUCACUCGUUCUGAAAACAAUAAGAACAAAGGCAAAUUUGGAGAUAUUGUAUUCGAAUUUGUCGACGAACUAGAAGAUGAAACAAUUGAAAUUACAGACUAUGGCAUACCAUUUUAA